UCAUCUGAUCCCAUUUAAUCGCAGUUCAGGAGAUGUUUUCGAAUAGUGAUGGAUUUCACGGAACUAAACAAGGUGUCGUGGUUCCAAGCAAAAUUUUCGCCGGACGGACGCUUUUUGGCGAGAUCAACUGGCCAAAAAUUAUAUUUGCAUGAAGCGGACUCUUUGCUUCUGAGACAUGUCUUCUCGUGUGCUGACAACAUUCAUACGUUGGAAUGGUCCCCGGAUUCAUCGUUGAUCCUGUGUGCCAUGAACAAGCGAGGCAUGGUUCAGGUGUGGUCCGUUGAAAACCUAGAGUGGACAUGCAAAAUUGAGGAGGGAUCUUUGAGAAUAACCAUUUGGUCGUUGAUCAACCGAUCUGCUCGAUACAUUGAACAUCCGCUGAACGGCAAUCCUGGAGCUGAUUUCACGCAUGAUGGUCAAUAUUUUGCCGUCGGCGAACGACGGAAAGGGAAGGAUCAGGUGGCCAUCUUUGCAUGUUCAUCCUGGCAGUUAGUGAAGAGAUUUUCUACUGCAACAUCAAACAUGGCCGGCUUGAAGUGGAGUCCUGACGACAGUGCUCUAUGUGUAUGGGAUUCAGCGUUAAAAUAUCAGGCUGUGCUUUAUACUCCGAAUGGUCAUUUACUGGGUACCUUCGCCCCACAAGAAUGGAUUCUCGGUGUUCGAUCUAUUGCUUGGGCACCCAAUUCCAAGUUCAUCGCCUUGGGAUCAUUUGAUCAGAAGGUUCGAGUUUUAAAUCACAUAACAUGGAUGCCUGUGACAGUUUGGGAUCAUCCUGCAGUUAUAGAAGAAGAUGCGGGGAGAGGAUUCAUUGUUUACUUGGAAAAGCCAGUAACUGUGAGCUCCCAGGUUCUUGAUUCUCUUGACGAAGUCUAUCAUCCUUGGGAUGAUACUGCGUUUGAGAUAGCAGACAAAUUCCCUGUCGUCGUGGAUGCUACCAUGCUCUCAAGCGGCAGUGUUCUGACGAGUAACACUUCAAAAGACGAUUUGCUUUCUGUUGGAUCACCGUGGCGUCAUGGUGUGAGCAAGAUUGGUUUCAGUCCUGAUGCUCGAUAUAUAGCUUCCUUGAAUGAUUCGCAUCCUCUGGGUGUUUGGAUUUGGAGCAUUGAAACGCUUAUGCUGCAUUCUCUGCUGAUUUUCCAGAAUCCGGUCAAAGAUUUUGUAUGGAGCCCGACCGAGUCAAUGUUGGCCGUUUGCACAGAAAACAACAAGGUCUUCUUUUGGUCGUUGGAAGGUACUGUGUCAGUGCGACUACCCGAAACAUCCUACAUGGAAGUCGCUAACCUUGGAUGGCAUCCGAACGGUAGAAAAAUUGCCCUAAUCGGGAAAGAGUCCAUGUGCAUUUGUCACGUGAAACCAAAUCGAUCAUGA